AUGGAUGAUAAAAGUUACAUUUCCGAUCGAAUAGUUUGUUUACUUUGCGGUUUUGAACCUUCGGUAGUAAAAAAAUUUGCAAUAGAGAGACAUUUUAGAAUUCGUCAUUCAGUCGAAUAUUCCAAUUAUUCGAAUUCAGAAAAAUUGAGUAUUAUCGAAGGAUUGAAAUUAGUGUAUCAAGAAGAUGCAAUACCGUCUGAAAAUUCUUCUCAAAAAUCUUUAAUCGCAUCUUAUGCUAUUUCUUUGCUCAUAGCACAAAAUUCAAAAUCAUUUGCCGAAGGUUCAUUUGUGAAAAACUGCAUCAUCGAAGCAGUGAAAGCUUUCGGUAAUUCCUUAACUCUUGAGGAAGCAAUGAGUAUUCCCCUUAGUGCAAAAACAAUAACGUCAAGAAUUACUGAUAUCAGUAAUUCUGUAAGAGAAAAAUUAAGAAAUCUUUUAAAGUCAUGUAGGUAUUUUUCUUUAUGUCUUGACGAAAGCACCGAUAUUCGACACUUGAGUCAAUUGAGUAUUUUUACUCGAAUCGUGCAAGACGAUUUCUCAUGUGUCGAGGAGCUUUUAGAUUUUGUCUCAUUACAUGAUACAACAACGGGUCUUGAUAUUUUUUUGGCAGUUGAAGACUCACUUAAAAAAUUUGAUGUAGAUUUUAGUAAAUGUUCUUCGAUUACGACGGAUGGCGCGAAAGCUAUGACAGGUUCGAAGAUAGGAUUCGCCGGUCAAUUAAAGCAGCGAAACUUUAACAUCCCUAUUAUACAUUGUAUAAUACAUCAGGAAGCAUUAAGCGGUAAAGUUAUUAAAUUGUCAACAGCUAUGGAGACUAUGUCCCACUUCAUUGUCCAGUACGUUGGCUUAGUGCUGCAAAAUGUUUGGAAACAUUUUUUGCAAUAA